AUGGCACAUGCUACUCACGAGUCUUUAAGUAGUGUUGUUUCCUGUCCGCCUAUGACGUCAUUAAGCAGGUGCCUCCGGUUUCGCUCGUCAACAGCCGUCAAUAUCGGUCUGAAAUUUUAUCUAUUAAUUCUCUCUCUUUCUCCCUCUCUGUUUCUCUCUCUCUCCUUCUCUCUCUCUCCCUCUCUCUCUUUCUCCCUCUCUCUCUCUCCCAUUCUCUCUCUCUCUGUGUCUCCCUCUCCCUCUCUUUCGCUCUCUCUUUCUCCCUCUCUCUCUUUUUCUCCCUCUCUCUCCACCUCUCUCUCUCUUUCUCCCCCUCUCUCCCCCUCUCUCUCUCUCGUUCUCUCUCUCUUUCUCCCUCUCUCUCCCCUCUCUCUUUCUCCCUCUCUCCCUCUCUCUCCCCUCCCCCUCUCUGUUUCUCUCUCUCCUUCUCUGUUUCUCUCUCUCUCUUUCUCCCUCUCUCUCUUUUUCUCCCUCUCUUCUCCUAUCACUUUCUCCCUCUCCCUGCCUCUCUCUCUGUCUUACAAUAUGGCCGACGCCGAUAACUUGGAAAAUAUCGCAGAAGCGGUAAAAUUAACGCAAAAAAUUCGCGCGAGUAUCUCUAAAACUUAUUCCGGUCUAUCUGAUGGAUUUCAUAAUUCACUUGGAAACGAGAAGCAGUGUCUCAGUGAGCUGCAGAAGUCUUUACUCGUCAUUAACAAUGAUUUUAAUGCAUUGGAAAAAUUUGGAAAUCUAUUAAAUCCAAUCGACAGAUCCACAAACAGUUUUAAUUUGAGUCUUGAUCCAGUUGUAGACAAAACCCCUUUGUAUUCCCAAUUGUUACAAACUCACAAAUGGACAAGCAAAACUUUGGACUUUUCCAAUCAAGCCUUCUACAUUUUAAGUCAGAGUCCUCUUCAUCGGUCGGUUUAUAUUGGUGCCAGUGCCAAAAGACUCCGACGACAAAGUCCCACCAGCCACACAGUUUCUGCAAACCAUCUUGAUAUGUGCCUGACUAACUGGGAUCGUUCCUUUGCUGACAUGUCCUUUUCAAUCGUGCGACCUCUUGGAAAUUGUGGUGUCGUACAGGUUACAGUUGGCCGAGCAAUGACGGUGUUAAUCAUCCUUCGAGGUCUCAUUAUUGAAUGGGUUCGGGUUAAGGGUUGCACAGAGAAUUUUUUAACUGAUGAAGGAAAGAUUAAUGUUUGGUCAAAAUCAAAAUAUCAAGUAUUUCAGAUGGUGACAGAUCAUGCAAGUGCAGCCAUGCUUCAUUUUUACUCACCUGUUAUUCCUGAUGUUGCAGUGAAGUCAUUUCUUACUUGGCUACAAAAGUACAGCACUUUAUUUUCUGCCCCCUGCCUGAAGUGUGGUCAUUACCUACAGGGUGGUUUACCUCCAACAUGGAGGGAUUUUCGAACAGGAGAACCAUACCAUGAAGUCUGCAGAGGAUGA